GAAACAUUCGCGUCACCACCAAGAUUGAUCAGUGUCAUGUGAGCCAGAAUGAAUCUUCCUCAUCAAACGCACUGUUAACUUGCGACCAUGUUUCAGUUUAGAAUGAGGAUACCUCUCAUUUCUCUUUGCGUCGUUAUCCUAAUCGUAGUGUGUAUUACGUUCCACCGAAGAAGGUCGCUUUUCGAUGCACAAGUCUGUUUGGGUGCGCGGAAAAGUCCAACUGAUUGUCUGCAGUGUCUUGGCCUACCCGUACAAUCCUACAAUUACACGGUCACCUCAGACGAACGAGAAUUCCCCUUGGCAUACAGUAUUCUGGUCUACGCGAACCCUGAGCGUGCAGCACGCCUUGUGGCGGCAAUCUACCGUCCACAUAAUUUCUAUUGUAUUCACGUGGAUCGAAAGUCUUCCCUUGGAAUAGUGGAUCUAAUCAAGUUGUAUGGGCAGUGCUUCGACUCCAAUGUCUUUUUCGUCCCGGAUGAACAAAGAACCGCCGUGCGAUGGGGAUAUUUCAGCGUAUUGGAACCCGAACUCACGUGCACACGCCUUCUACUCCAGCGGAGUGGAAAAUGGAAGUAUUGGAUAAACCUGACGGGACAGGAAUUUCCGCUGCGCACCAAUCGGGAACUGGUUCUUGCUCUGAAGGCUUUGAAUGGCACCAAUAUGGUGCAAGCUACCUAUAAAAACCGAAACAUUCAGAGGAUUCCCCCACGUUCGGCAAACAGUCAAAACAUUGUAUGGUACAAAGGCCAAGUGCAUGUGGCUGUUAGACGGGAGUUUGUGGACUAUAUGUUGAACGAGGACAAAGCGAUUCGGCUACUGGAUGAGCUCAAAGAGCAUGAAUCGAGGGAAACGUCACAUAUUAAUCCGGACGAAACAUUUUUUGCCACACUGAAUCACAACCCCGACAGUCCAGCGUUUUUCGCAAACAAAUUCAUACCGCAGGUUGAGCCAACUGCUUACGCGGCGAUGGAACUGUGGUUGGCACUCAAGUGUUCCUAUGAGUCCUCACACCAAGCGCCACAUCCAACAUUCGACCAGGACUAUUACGCACGGAAACCCAUAGCUUGGGAUCAUCUCUGA